AUGCCAUCACCGAGCCGUGAGCGCAUUCUCUCAGAUGAGGAAGAGCUGAAUACCAUCAGAAUCUUAGUCGCAGGAGAUGCUGCUGUUGGCAAGACACGGGUGUGCGAGCUUCUUUGCAACGGCCGUGGUGCUUCAGAACUUUUGUUGCCCCUUCCAGGCACUGACACGCAGCAGGAUUGGACAUGUGGGUGCAAGUUGUCCAUACUCAGAGAGAUGGUGGAUGCAGAUUUCAGGCCUUUGGAAGUGGAGGUCGAGUUGUGGGAAGUUGGGGGUACAAAGACCUACUCCUGUGCACGGCCCGUUUUCUACGACGCCUUAGAUGCUGUGUUGCUUGUGUACGACAUGUCCAACAUGAAGUCCUACCACGGGCUUGUGGCAUGGCUUUUCGAGCUUUGCUCUUUGGUGAGGCCUCCCUCCCUGAAGUACUGGGAUGCAGGCGGAGGAAGUGGUGGCCAGCCUGACAUGGACCUGGAGCUUGGUGACUCAAGGUCAAGUGAACAGGGAAUUCUGGGUGGCAGAUGCCCCGUCCUCUUUGUGGCAAACAAGUGUGACUUGCAGGACCAGCAGCAACGGGAGAACUUUGCGAGGAACAAACCGAGGCCAAUCCCACCCGAGAGACCUCCUCUCGUGGACAGACUCUUGGGGGGCGGCACCGGCGACGCCUUUCUGCAACCAUAUCGAAGGUCGACCGCGGAGCAGCAGCUCCUAGAAAAGCUUUGCCUGCUGCAGGCACAAUGGGACAUUGGUGAUAGCAUUGGUGCACUUCUAAGUACAGUACGGAUUCUAGCUUUGCAGCAAGAGCUUGCCAUGGCAGCCAUGGGAGUUGCUGCUGCUGUUGCAGCUGGUGGGGCCAUUGGGAUCAUCGCCUAUCAGACGUCGUGCAUGCUGGGCAGGACGCGCCGCCAUGUCACGUUGGUGGGCGAUAUGCUCAUGCAUGGGUCAGUGGCAGGACAAGCAGAAGGCUCCAUAUUUCUGAGAGGAGCCGAAGUAUGCAAACAUGGCAAAGAGCUGCAUGUGAUCAAAGACGCAGAGCUGGCCAUCGCCAUCUACUUUGACGACGAAGAAGAGGCGGAUUUCUGGGCGAAGGGGCUGUCCUCUGCAGUCAAAGUCUCUGACAGUUUGCCCAAGCUUUUCAGUAUGCAUGCUCGCGAAAUGAGCAAAAGAAGCGAAGAGGCGAAUGCAAGUGCUGCAAACGCCAUCUCCAAGUUGCUGAGCUUGAAGCGGAGGGAGCUGACCGAGGUGGAGCGAAAAGCCCAUAACUACGAGUUGGUGGCAGACCAAAAGCAACAAGAGGUGCAGGAACUUCAGGAGCGCUUGGCAGCACAGGCAGCCUUAGCGUCACAAAAAGAGGAAGAAAUGGAGCGCCUCCGGCAAGAGGUUGAGGCCGAGAAGAAUAAGGUUGAUCGAAUGGAGCUGGACACAACAGCUGCAUCUGCACCUGCUGACGAAUCUUCAAGAGCUGAAAACGAUGAAAAGGAGAAGUGUCAUAGGUACCACCAGAGGGCUCACUUUGAGAAAAGCCAAAAGAUGGAGGAGGUGCAAAAGCGCUUGCUGGCGAUGCAAAAGCUCCUGGAGCAAAGUGAAGCUCCAGGUGUAAGAAAGCCGAGGCGGAGCACCCCGGCCUCUUUUCCUUCCCAGUGA